GCGUAUGACCGGAAGACGUAUUUGUCAUCCAGGGAGCGAGGACGAGGUGGGCAAGCUUGCAAGUUAAUGUGUUAGCAAAUCUAGAUAAAGGAGGAUGAGCAGCUCAGAGGAGGUGUCCUGGAUAUCCUGGUUUUGUGGACUGAGAGGGAAUGAAUUCUUCUGUGAGGUUGAUGAGGACUACAUACAGGACAAAUUUAACCUGACAGGCUUAAAUGAGCAGGUGCCUCAUUAUCGCCAGGCUCUGGACAUGAUUCUCGACCUGGAGCCAGAUGAGGAACUUGAAGACAACCCGAACCAGAGCGACUUGAUAGAGCAGGCAGCAGAGAUGCUCUAUGGGCUAAUACAUGCACGUUACAUCCUCACAAACAGAGGCAUUGCACAGAUGCUGGAAAAGUAUCAACAAGGGGAUUUUGGUUAUUGCCCCAGAGUCUAUUGUGAGAAUCAGCCAAUGCUUCCUAUUGGUUUGUCAGACAUCCCAGGGGAAGCGAUGGUGAAGCUUUAUUGCCCAAAGUGCAUGGACGUGUACACCCCUAAAUCCUCCAGACACCACCACACAGAUGGAGCCUAUUUUGGAACAGGGUUCCCCCACAUGCUGUUCAUGGUGCACCCAGAGUAUCGUCCAAAGCGACCCGCCAACCAGUUUGUGCCAAGGCUAUAUGGUUUCAAGAUUCACCCAAUGGCUUAUCAACUUCAACUUCAAGCUGCAUCAAGUUUCAAGAGCCCGGUCAAGACAAUUCGUUAGUAUUCUGCUUUGACAAAGACAGUGGACUCAAAAGACUUUGUCAUUUACUACUUGUUUGAAGCAGUGGAUUAUAUAUUACAAAUAAAUGCCUGUACAAACUCACCUCCGUGUUGAUAAACGCCUUUAUCUGUCAUUUAGUGAAAUAGUGUGACAGUUGAGCAAGUUAGUUUUUUGUAUAUUAAACAUUUUUAUUAUUCUUAAAGGAUCAAUCUCCUGAUUGAUCCUUAAUUGAUGUCAGUUAAUCUUUUCUCAUUAAG